AUGGGCUCUACACUCAGUACCGAGGAAAAAUUCGUUCAAUCCCUUCAGGAUGAACUUAUAUCCAGGAAGGUUCAUGUUUCUAAGGCAGACCUUUAUCAAUUUUUCAACAUCCUUCAUAAAGCUUCCCCUUGGUUUGUGUUUACCGCCCCUAAGAUCGCCCGUUCCACUUGGUUGAAAAUUGGGCAGGAUUUGACGGAUUUUUGUAACACACAAAAUGAUUCUGCUUUUAAGGACUGCAUUCUUCAAUAUUGGAAACUCCUCGAUGGCCUUAUUACUGCAGCUCCUAUCUCUUCCUCCUGCGCCGCUAUCAUCAAAGAGGGACAGGCUAUCCUUACUAAUGCUUCACGUUCUCAUACUCCCUCCUCUCCCAUGUCCCCCUCGCCUGAGACCUUUCGGCCCCCGCCAUACGCCCCUGUUCCUGCAGAUUCCUCUGCCUCGUCCUCUUUCGUUGCCAUUACUCAGGCUCCUUCUCCCGACCACCUCUCUCCUGAAGACGCAGCCACGCUUGACGCAGCGGCUGCUGCUUACACUGCCCGCUCCCCGUCUGACCCCCCUGCUCCCUCCCACAGCUUUUCUCCUCCCUCCACUGCCUCACAGCUCCAGCACACCAUUGAUAAACUCUGCUCUUCUCUCAAUCAAGUUCUCUCUAAGCUACAGUCCCCUAGUCCUCCUCAGGUUUACCCUGCCCUCCUUAAGCCUAAGGAGCAGCCUCCUUCUCAGCACCCUAUGAUCACACGUUCCCGUGCUCGGCCCCGUUCCCGUAGAACUACCCCUGCGCGCCCUGCUGCGCAGGCGGAUGGCGAGGCUGCUGACGACCCUGAUGGAAACGUUAUUGAGGCCGAUGACGAAGCUGACGCAGAUGAAAAUCAAUCUGCGGGCGAGGAGGAGGCUGCCGUCUCCGGCGAUGCCUCUCCUCCUGAUGCCGACGCUCCCACCCAACGAGCUACCGGCCGUAUUUUUCAAGAGGACAUUGAAAUUAAGGAACUCGAUCAGGGCUCCCUUAAGGAAGUCCGCAAGGCCGUCCUUGAGUACGGUCCCCAGGCUCCCUAUACCCUUUCUUGCCUUGAAUCUCUCUCCUAUGGCGGCGCUCUUUUUCCUAUAGAAUGGCGCAUAACUGUCCGCCGCUGCCUUAAGCCCCAGGAUAUUGUCCUCUGGGAGGCUGAAUUUCAAAAUAAUUGCAAGGACCUUGCGGGACCCAGUAAAAAGGAGUAUCUCCAACUUUCUGGCUCUGCGCCCUAUGACACUAUGCAGGCUCAGCGCCGCCUUCCCUAUCACAUUCUCAGUUUAACCUCUCAAGCUGCUCUUAAGGCAUGGAAAGCUGUCGGCUCUUCCUCGGGCCCUGCUCUUCCUCUUGCAAAAAUCUUGCAGGCAGAUGAUGAGCCUUAUCACGCCUUCAUCUCCCGUCUCCUUGAGGCUAUUGAUCGUACCACCGGAAUCACUGAUACCUCUAAUCCUUUCAUCAAGCAGCUUGCCUUUGAAAAUGCUAAUCCUGCCUGCCGCCAAAUUCUUAAAGGUCCCAAGCUCUCCCGCUCCCUAGAGGACAUGAUCUCUCUUUGUAAAAAUGCUCAUUCUUUUGCUACCCAAGUGGCUGGUGCCCUUGUCGCUUUUCAAAACCAGUCUAAAGGUAAAAUCUGUUAUUCUUGUGGCCAGCCUGGUCACUUCGCGGGUCAGUGUCCCCAGCGCAGGCUGCCUGACAUACAGGCAGGCUCCACUUCUGAACGCCCUUCCCUUUGCCCCCGCUGUCGGCGCGGGCGCCACUGGAGAUCCUCCUGUCGCGCUACCACUGACAUUGAGGGAAAUUUUCUGGGUGAAAACCCACUCCUGAAACAGCGCCCAGGCCAGUCAAAAAACUCCGGCAGGGGUCGCCCCCAGACCCCGCACCAACAGCCUCGUCACAUUCCUUUUGUCCCAGCCACUGGGGGAACGACUGGGACUCCCUCUCGCCAAAUCCAAGUUCACUAUCAGCGCCUCCCCUCCCAAACCCAGAACUGCGACCCUCAACCUCCUCCCUCUUCCGGGCCACCCCCGGUUCAGCAGGACUUGACUUGUGUUCCGCCACCCCCCUCUUAUUAA